UGCGACAUACGCAGUCUGUGGUAGCGCCGUCGCGAGGACGGACGAGAUAAUUUCGUAUUCGUCGUCACUUCGGUCCCGCGAGGGCUUCGUGACGGUCGCGCUCGAUUCUACGGCUUUACGAAGGCGAGAAACGUCGUUCGGCCGAAAGAGGGAGUGAGAAGGAGAAGAAGAAAGAGAGAGAGAGAGAGAGCGAGAGAAGAAUACCGCAUCCACCUUUCUCUCUCAAGCUCGUCGUCACACGUACGUCGCACGAUGUUCUCCGGCCUGACGAAUCAGGUGUCCACCUGGAUGGGCAAGAAGCCCGAGAAUGGCAGCGAGUUGCCAGCCGAGCCCAAAGCCGCGUCCCCGGACGCCGAGACCGGCGGUGAUCUUGAGAAAAAGAACAACACCAGUCCGAAAGGCAAUAAACUGGAAAUGUUCGCCGGGGUGAAGAAUCAAAUGUCCGGCUGGUUGAGCGGUGGAAUACCCGGCUUAAGCCGUGGCGCCGGGACCGGCGAGGGUGAGGCUCCGCCGCCGACCGAAACAUCGGAGAGCAGCCAGGUUCCUCAGGAGAUCCAGGCUCCCGCCGGCGAACAAGUAAAGGAUGACGAUGCAAGCAGGUGGGCUUCAGAUGCGACUGGCGGGGCAGACAGCGGACCGGCGAGUUUAGAAGGAACCCCGAUCGACGACAAGAACGGACAGCAGGCUUUCGGUGCCGUUUCCACGAAGGCACUGGCAGGUGCAAAGAGCCUCGGUGGAUUCCUGUACAGCGCCGUGAACAAGGCCGGGAAGACCGUGGUGGAGGCCAGCGCGAAGAUCAAGAAGACCGUCGAAGAGAAUAGGCUGAUCGCCGAACUCAACAAGGAACAGGAGGCUUUCAUCGCCAGCAAGCAGACCGAGAAGGGCGAGGCUGUUGCACCGUGGGUCGGCGCGCCGAACGAGGACGCGCUGCGCGAGGAGUGCCUGUCCCUCUCAACCGACCGGCGUAAUUUUGUGAGAGCACCACCGCCAGGCGUGGAAUUCGCCUGGGACUUCGAAGCAGUUCAGCCGAUGGCACAGGCCACCCUCGCCCUGGAUCCGAAUCUCGAGGCCAUGAGGUUCGAACUAGUGCCGAAGGUUAUAUCCGAGGAGAACUUCUGGCGCAACUACUUCUACCGGGUGUCUUUGUUGCGCCAAGGCUACGAGCUGAACUCGAUGGCCAGCCAGGCGGAAAGCAACCCCCCCAAUCAAACCAUCGCGAGCACCGACAGCAUCGACCAUACUCAAGUUCAAAUGACCACUGGCCAGGGCACCACCGGCGCCACGACGACGAGCAGUAACAGCACACUGGCGGAUUCGCCAGGUCACGAAUUCGUGUCCGAUACCAUGAGGGUCUCGGACACAGAUCUCGAGGAGGUCCGAGAAGGGAUGAAAAAGCUGGGGAUGCAGCCGCCGAAAGAAGAAGAUUGGGAACGUGAAUUGGAGGCCGAGCUAAAGGAUUACGAGGUUGUAACCGGCAGUAGCAGUAAUGGUCAGGAAAGGAGCAUCGCGUCCACGAGGGACGUCACGGCCAGUGAUAACGAUUGGGAGAAGCAGAUCGACGAGCUGCUCGCCAACGAGGACGACGAGGACCUCAAGUGAGCCGAGGAGAUCCUCUUCGUGACUGGUUAAAGGAUCUCGUCGCUUCAAUUGAGAUCUCGCGCGCGCGAUUCGACGAUGCGAAUUCUCGUUUGCGUGAGAGUUAGCACAGCAGGGGCUUGCGAGUAUUAGCGAGCCUGUUUGUUUUGUAUACCUGUUGUUGCUCUCUUUCUCCAUCUACCUGUCUCUCUCUCUCUCUCUCUCUCUCUCUCUCUCUCUCUCUCUCUCUCUCUCUCUCUCUUUCUUUUCUCCUCCGUACUCUCUUUCUCUCACCGACUGUCGUGGUGAUGUGAAAGAAGGAAGGAAAAGAGAGAGAGAGAGAGAGAGAGAGAGAGAGAAAGAGAGAGAAACUUUACGGGAAAAGCGAUGCUCGAUGAGGGAAUUGCAUCGUCGUUCAAUUUAUCAUUUCUCCGUGCAGGGAAGGUCGAGAUUCGACGAAUUUUGGAUUUCGAAGCUACGUUCCUCCGCGCGCGGUAUACGCUCUAAAGAAAGCUCUAUUUCGUACAUAGCUUUGACACGAUAUUUCCUUUUAUACGAUAAAACGAGAUAAUAAAUAAAUUAACGGUCGUGAAGCGACCCUCGGGAAAAAUCGCGAUGGAUCUUGAGCAGAAUUACGUUCUCCGUUAGUCACGCUUAGUGAGAGCGGUGAAUUUUCCCGUGGAAUUCGCGCGGCUCCAUCUUUUCUGCCGGUUCAUCGCGCCCUUCGCGGGUCAGCCGUCGUACCCGUGCCGUUUAUGUGCAAACGUGCGAACACGUUUGCAAAUCGACAAGUCACGUCGACAUUCACAAGAGGAUUCUCUCGAGCGGCUUGAGGUUCGUCCGAAAGCUCUCGCGUCUCCUUCGCAUCGAUCGCGCGAUCAUGCGUGUGUGCUUCGAUGAAACGCAUUAUCCGCACGUCCUUUCGUGAAGCAAAUUGGCGGUGGUCACGGGGAAAAAUCCCUCGGAAGAGGAUUCUUCCUCCCGUCUGGAUCCAUCGCUGAUCGCCUGACGGAAGAGAAAGACACGGAGGAGACAAUGCGAAAUUCUUUGAGGAUCGGCUCGUCCUUGCGGUACAAGAACGUCGUCGAGAGACAGACGAAGGAGAACGCGAGAAUGCGAAUUCGCAAGGGAAACGCAGCAAGGACUCUCGAUGCACACGGGAACUUCAUGACGACGACGUUGUCGGGAAUCGCGUUUGUAUAAAGGCUCAAAUGGGAGUGAGAGGGAGAGAUGAUCGAGUCGGUCUCUCCAUAAUUUCUCCGUAGUUUCCUUGUUAUCUCCAAUUUGUUUCCGAAACAACAGCACCUGCCGCGCGAUCCUCGAGUGCGACGAAGAGAGAGACCGCUUUUCCGCAGUUUGGAGAUGGAAUUAAAAAACUCGGUACUACUACGAUAUAUUCGUGUGGCCAUGCGGCAACGGUAAUUCGUGUUUCCACCUCUAAAUUACGGAAUGACGUCACUCGUUCCAGUUUUAGGAUUGGACGAUUGACACACACAUGUAUACACACAUACACGCGGACGGGUAUAUGAAUUAAUUAAUACUGCGCAUUGCACGUCAAUUAUUGAAUGUUCUCGUCCGAGAACAUUAUAAUGUCAGUGGUAGCGGUAUAUAAACAUCUUCAAAAUUAUGUGAUAUUAAAUUAAUUAGUUCGGUGAUCGGACGCGAUCGAUUUACACGGUGAACGCGCAUGCUGGAUCGCUCGCUCUUCGUCGCGAUUGAGGAAUCGCCGGUUCUUUAAGACAAAUUACACUGCCGUGUGUCGAAGGACACCAUUUCUCGCGCGCGAAUCGACAAUAUUUUACGGUCUUCGCAGUGGCCGUACACUUUAUGCAUUUUAUCGGUAAUCUAUUAUCGAAUCCAUCGCAAUUUUCAACGCAAUCUACAAGACGAAUGCGACCCUCACGAGUACAGUGUCCGAUUUUUAAUGUUGGGAUAUGCAAAUACGCCACCAAUCUUUUUUCUCCCUCUCUUCCUUUUCUUUUAAGCCGACAGCUUGUCACCGCAACGACAUUAUUGAUCAUCAGUUAUUAUCGUCGAUCUGUUAUAAUUUAUCGAACGGCAUGCCAAAGAUAAUGAAGCGAGAAAACCGAUUCAUGGCCGCACAGCUAUAGCAUUUUGAAUUGACGCGCUCAUCGCGACUUCGCGCGAAAUAUACGAUUCGACGAAAGCGAGAGAGGACGUUAGACAUCAACGAUACAUCGUUUUAGCGUGUAACGUUUCCGAAACUUGUAGAUAAAAGACGACGUGAUGAGAUUAUCGGCGAUGACGAUGAUGAUGUUGAGAGAAAGAUGCAUCGUUUCUAAGUUUGUUGACUUUGUCGAUCGUGGGAGUGUUCCGUUGACGCAUUGUUUGUAUUGUGUCAAAAGAAUUACGCUGUGAAAGUGUGACAUGUUUGCGUUGUCUGUACGGACGAAAUGUCCGAAAUAAAUAAUUGCGUUGAGAUGAAAAAGGGAAGGAAACCCCCUCUGAUACGUACGCUAAAUAUCACACUUCACACAUAUAACCGCAAUAAAAAUUUGAUGGGAAUGGAAUUGUCGAAUCGUUAAUUACACGCACGCACGCACAUACGCACGUCCCACGGGAUCGCGCGGCGCCACAUUUUGUUGACGCGAUGAUUUCCUCUGUACGACAAAUACCGUCCAAUUGUCCUCUGCCACGGGAAGAAACAGGAAAAGAAACCAGCUGACUCGCGGGUGGAAAGAGAAGUUCUUGCGACAAUAAAAUAUCGCGCUACGCGAGACCGCCGUGCCUGAAAACAACUCCAAUCGACACAACAGAAUGUUGCAGAAUUAUAGAUGAAAACAAUUGUGGCCGAUGGAAAUCGCGAGACGCUCUCAAUUCGUCUCGAUAAGCGCAUUUUCUCCGAUCAAUCGUUCCCAGGACGUUUAGCUUUUCAUCUGGUGAGCUAUGUUGCGAUUAUUUCCUCAUUUAAACACGACUAUUGCCAUAUUACGUUAGACAUUGACCACGAUCGUUCUUUGAAUGGACAAUAAACGAACAGCAUAGACGAACGCGCGGUCGCGUGCCGAGAGAAACGGUCGUUGUUUCACGUCUCUACGUCGAUCCGUUUUGAAGUUAUAGCUCCGCGAAGUUUCAUCAUGUUCGGCGCAUCUGACUCCACGCGCGAAUGAGUUGAAUGGCCGCCGCGUAAACAUCGAUUUAUCGACAUCGCGUGACUACGCGAAUGGGGGCCCGUAUACUAUCACGUUUGUACAUUCCACAUCCGAAUUCCUUCACGUAACGCGUACGGCACGCGGCCUUGCCCCCACUUCCACUCCUUCCCCCACCAUCGUUUCCACUCCUAUUCCCACGCUUCGACUGGCCGCGGACCACGUGGGCGGCCUGUCACGUGGAGACAGCGAACACGUGCUCGCUACUUCGAGCUCCAGCAGGCGGCAUCGCUUGCGCCGAGUCCGCCACAUGGGAGGAGGUUAUGAACGAGAACGUGUGAACGAGUAGAGACGUGAAACUGGUGGAUCUACGACGCAUCGGAUUGUGAAUUAGUGUGGAUUCUAUCGAAUAAUUUCGAUUGCCGAGACAGUAACUCGCGAAGUGAAAAGCUGGGGCGAUUGGUUUAUGUUGCAUAGGAUUCAUAAAUCUACGUUUAUCAAGAGAUGUUUCCGCUUUGUCGGUCGAUCAAGUCAUCAUCUAUAAUUCUGAGAUCACCCGUAUCGACACUCUGAAUAACUCUGUUAGAAAUAAUUUAAACGGUAGCGUCGCCGAAAUUGUCGAGAAGCAUACGAUAUCGAGUUUUUCCGUGCAGACAAACUAAUCUCGAAUCGUAAGCCGCGGGGCCGAGUCUUUUGUGUAUGCGAACGUGGCGAUAAUGAAAUUUGAAGCAUGAGGAUACAUCGAGCUCAUGAUCGUAAUGCCGAUUGUGAUAGGACGAAAAGCGCGGUAAAGUGAAGAAACGUCGGAUCGAAAGCGAAUGGCCGCGGGGACGAUAUCCCCACGGCUAUCCAGAGCGAGCGAUCGGAAUAAACGGGGGCUGGAUUUACGGUGGGUGUCAAAGCGACGAUGUGAUACGGAGAAUGUAGUACACCUAUAUAUAUACUUGAUUGAUGUUCUCGUGCUUCGUUAUCGUUACAUCUGACCUUCUCCGUAAUGACUUCCGACGGGACAUCCUGCCACGCAGACAAAUGCCAUAUUUUUAUCAUAUUUUUACCGUGCGUUCACGGCAAUAGACGUGUAAUUGUCUGAUCCGCUUUAGCGUAUGAAAACGACAUCGGACAGAUGCACUGGCUAAACGCGCGCUAAAAGUAAGCUUCUCCCCACGAUCGCGGGAAUUAUCGACAAGAGUAACGAUUGUUAUGAAACAAGAAUGAACCUCGAUUUCACGAAGACUCCGGUUUUACAAGUUCCCGCGAAGACGAUGGAGACGAAAAAAUCCCUGGACUGUGAUCUGUCGCCCACCCUGAAUCCCGACCUGAGAGUAAAGAAAGGCGAAGAACUGCAGGAACGAGAGCGAAAUCGUUGCGUUUUCUCCGUUGAAAGAUGUUCGUAUUUUGCGUGCGCCGCUACAUCGAGUUCGGAUUUUUCGGUCAAUUUACAUAUACCGUGACUUUUCUACCUCUCUUUUCGAGUAGCCACCCGAAGAACAUUAGAAACUAAAAAACAGAAGAGAAAAAAGAAACUGGAAGAAGCAAUGCGACUAUGCGACGAGACCUCCCGGGAGAAAUCGCUACGUGCGACCUAUAAAAUACAUAUAUAUUGUCGAUACUCCUCUAUACGCGCGGAUCCUUGAAAAUGCUGCUUCAUCCGCGUUCACCCUCCGCCCCCUCCUCCGCCCUCCGAAUACUCAUUGUAAAGUUUCCAUCCGCGUUAGUCGAUAGGCCAAGUCUUGUAAGAUUUUAAUUAAGGAGGCACAAUUCACACACACACACACACACACACACACACACACACACACACACACACACACACACACACACACACACACACACACACACACACACCCAGGCCUAAAGUCUGCCGAGGUAAUAUAAACAGGCGAUAAUCGCAUUUAUCCGUUCCUCAUUAUGUUAUUGUUACAUGCGCGGCUCAUGCCGAAUUUCUCCGUCAUUCUCGAGCAGGAAACAAAUAAGAAAGACAACAGGAAGAAACGCGAAGGAAGAUGUCCUUCAAUAUUGUGUAUAAAGUAAUAAAUCGCGAAAGAGAUUCCUCCUCCUGCUCUCCUUUCCCCUGCCCCUCCCUACGAGAAACUCUUCGGGCGCAUCGUCGAGAAGACAAAGAGACACGUCUUCUCUUCAGUCGCGAAGUGAGAUUAGAGAGAAGGAGAAAUAAAAUACACACGCGUUAGAAUUUUCGCAACGCGCGAGCACGUUCCACUUUACCGCGUGAGCGACAAAGAUAAACGUGACGGCCGGAAACAGCAAAAGAAAGAAAAAAUUGAGAUGUACUUCGGCAGAAUAACAAAAUGAACUCUGUGAAUUAACUGUGUAAUAAAGCUAUCCUACGGUACUGUGCA